GUUAAAAAAAAAAGCUUCCCGUCCAUUAUUCAACUAGCAAUGCAGGGCAAAAUAACUCCAUUACCAGAGCUCCGUCCCAUGAACACCCUGUAUAAUGUUCAUGUCAGGGUGUCAAGGACUUGGGAAUACAGGGGUAAAAGUGAGAAAAAUCCUCUGAUCCAUUUUUACAUGGUGCUCAUCGAUCAAAAGGGUUAUGCGAUGUAUUGUGAGGUACCUCCACAAGCGGUGGAUCAGUUCAAACAAUAUUUUCAAGAAGGAAAGGUUCUCUACAUAUGCAACGCAUGUGUUGAAAGGCCUAAGCCUGGGUACAGAGUUGUGGAUGCUCCUUAUAUUUUAAAACUGAUCAUGAGAACACAGAUCUUUGAAGGAAAUAGCAAUGACACAAGUUUCCCAAAGUAUGUAUUUUCAUUAACACCAAUCGAAAUGCUACCCCAAUAUGCAAGAAGGACAGAUCGUUUCCUAGAUGUCAUUGGAAAAAUCAUAGCCAUCUCAAAUGCAGCUGUAGUGCGUAACACAUCUGGAGACCUUAUGAUGCGUAGGCUGAUAACGCUUCAAGACCACAAGGGAAACACAAUUGAUUUAUCGCUCUCAGGACAAAGGGCCCUUGAAUUUGAUGCUGAGGCAGUCUUUCAUAUUGGUCAGAAUCAUCACGUGAUAGCAAUAUUUGUGGGCACACUCAUGAAAAUAUAUCGAGAAGACUACAAAUUUCUCAGUGGAACUUCAGCAUGUCGGUUGUACAUAAAUGAAAAUGAUAUUCCAGCAAUGAGGACAUUUCAAAGAGGACUGCCAUCUCAGGUGACACCAGUUAAAAAACUAGAACUCCAAAGUGAGGACUACAUGGAGCAAGGUGUCAAAGAAAAAACUCUGUUUGACCUGAAACAGAUAGAUCCUUUGACUGACAAGAACAAAAGAUUUCAGUGCACGGUCACACUGAUAUCUAUACCAGAAAAAGAGCAAUGGUGCUACAGAGCUUCCCGAGUUUGCAAUUCCAGAAUGACACCAGGUGAUGAUGGAUAUCAGUGCACAAAGAUAGAUGGCUGCUCAUGCAAGCAAUAUGAUUGGAAGUACAAAGUUUGCUUCAGAGGAGCAGACGAUACACAUAGCCUUGAGUUCAUGUUUUUCGAGAAAAAAGGGGUAGAGCUUAUUGGAAAAAGCGCAGACCCUAAGGAAACAACAUGACCCCAGCUCUAUUCCACUUGAGAUAUCACAAUGGAUUUCCCAUAAAUUUACUUUCGUAGUCAAAGUGCUAUUCAAAAUAAGUGUCAGAAACAUGGAGCCUUCUUUUGAGGUUGUGAUGAUCAAAUAGAGACAUGGAAAACAAGCAACAUUACCAAACAUCAUACAAAGUGUAUCUAAUGAUGAUCUCCCGCCACUGGUAACAAUAUCCUCAAAGCAAAAGACCGAUCAGCAAUCAUUAUCAUACACUCCUCAAUUCACAGAUAUACAAGAUAUGGAUGUCGACCAGCAGUCUGAUGCUUGGGAUACCACAGAGAAGCAUUCUAAAUCACAGAUUAAUGACGAUGAUGACAAGAAGCAUGAGGAACAGAAGAGGAAGAAGCUAAAAAUUGAAGGAUGAUCAAAAGACUGCACAACUAAUAGCAAUAAACCAAACAGAGGGAUAUUUUGUUGUACAGCGGGAACGUCAAUGUGGACAGCUACUUUUGCUUAUAGUUUCUUAUACAACUUUCGUUAACUGAUGCUGCGUGCUACAACUACACACAACACAACAAUGAACCAAGCAAAAGGACAUUUUGCUUUACAGGGAAUGGCAAUGUGGAUCGCUACUUUUGCUUAUAGUUUUGGGUACAACUUUCGUUAACUGACGCUCUUGCUGCAUAUCUUUUGGGCGAAAACAGAACUUUUCGACAGUCUAGAAGAUUUGUAGGCACCAUCAAAUAGCAUAGAUGAUGAAAUCACAGGUUGUUAGAUACCUAUCUUUUGGGUAAAGCCAACAUUGUUAGCAAUAUAAUGUGAUAUAUUAUAUUGACAAUUUGUCACUGCUGACAAUGUUCCACAUGCUCGCAGUCUAAAAUUAAGAAUAUGAGCAGCAGAAGCUUCCAAUGUAUC